GUUCGAAUGUGUUAUCUCCCUAAUGGUACCAUUGUGGUGUCUACUCGGUAUCUUGAAAGAUUCCAAUCCGAUGCAGGGCUAGCAGCCUUCAUUGGGCAUGAGGUUGGGCAUGGGGUAGCUCGGCAUUGCUUAGAACAUUUUACUAUUGUGGCCAUCCUGCAACCGCUCAUAUCUAUACCCUACCUUGAAACACCACUCGGCCUUGUGUUUAGCUUUAUCUCCCGGAGGAGAGAAAUGGAAGCAGACUACAUCGGCUUGAUGUUAAUGGCCUCAGCUAGGUAUGACCCAUAGUUGAUGCCACCACUUUAUGAGACAUCGCCUGACCUUCCAGCCACUCAUGGUAUAUUCGCAAGUCAUCCAUCCGUGCGUAAGAGAGUAAAGAAGCUGAAGGAACCUAAGGUGAUGGAAUAAGCUGUGGCCAUAUACAAGGAAGUCACAAGUGGCCUUGGGGUCAGAAGUUUCAUUUAGGAGACACUAUUUCUUACCGUGGAGGAGGAAGAGUACAUACAUCUAAUUGGCAUACGCCUAGUUUCAAGCAACGGAGCAAAUGCCUAGUGGUUUAACUGCGUAGUUUUCUCCUUUCUUUAUGUAUGUUUCGAAAGAAAGAGUACUUGUCAAACGUCACCUUAUUGAUUUAAGGACAAUGAUCUACUUCUCUUUAGUCUUCUUUUCAAAGUGAGAGAGAAUUUGGC